CCCCGCGGGCACCGAGUCUGUCCCGGAGGCGGCCGCCCACGGCGCCGCCGCCCCGGAGCGCACCCCGGGCCGGACGAUGUGGGUGUUUGGUUACGGCUCGCUGAUCUGGAAGGUGGACUUCCCCUACCAGGACAGGCUGGUCGGGUACAUCACGGACUACAGCCGGCGCUUCUGGCAGGGCAGCACCGACCACCGCGGGGUCCCGGGCAAGCCUGGAAGAGUCGUGACUCUUGUUGAAGAUCCUGGGGGAUGUGUAUGGGGCGUGGCUUACAAACUCCCAGCAGGAAAAGAAGAAGAAGUAAAAGCAUCCCUUGACUUCAGAGAGAAAGGAGGCUACAGAACCAUAACCGUCAUUUUUUAUCCAAAAGAUCCCACAACAGAACCAUUCACAGUCUUGCUAUAUAUUGGAACAUGUGAUAAUCCUAAUUAUCUUGGUCCUGCACCUCUGGAAGACAUUGCUGAACAAAUUUUUAAUGCAGCUGGUCCAAGUGGAAGAAAUACAGAAUACCUUUUUGAACUUGCAAAUUCUCUUAGAAGCCUUGUGCCAGAAGAUGCUGAUGAGCACCUUUUCUCGUUGGAAAAAUUAGUAAAGGAACGUUUAGAAGAAAAGUAGACCCUCAACUGCACACAGAUGUAGACCUAAUAACUGACUUUGCCAAACAAGCAAAGCUUUCCAUCUUCAGAGUAACUUCAGUGCACAGUGGCAAUGUGUUUACUUGAAGAUAUUUUCAAUGUUAAAAGUCAAGAUACCAUCUAGCUGAAGAGCUGAACUGCAAGUGUCCUGAAACACAAUGAAAAGACUGGCAUAUAAAGAAAAAAAUUCAAGUUCUAAUAAUAUGAAUUCCUAACUACGUGAUAUUAAACACUUGCUCAUUACAAGUGAGUUCUUUAGAAAUAUACACAAAAGGACUCAGUUUGGUUUGUGUUUUUAUUAGAAUAAAAAUAUGACUUAAAUUAUUUAGAGAAUUAAACCAAAGAAAUUAGUAAGAUUUAUACCUUCAAGAUUUUCCUAUAAAAUUUAUAACCACAGUUUAAAAUACAAACAUCAAAUGUAUAGUUAGAAAUAUAUGGUAAUAUAAACAAAAUUUUAGCCUUGAUUAUGAAUUUUGUUGUUAAUGUAUUAAGUAAGACUUUCAAACUCAGGCCAAAAAUGGUACUGUUUAGGGGCUGGGAAUUUAGCUCAGCGGCACAGCGCCUGCCUGGCAAGCGUGAGGUCGUGAGUUCCAUUCCCGGUACCGGAAAAAAAACAAAAACACAAAAAAUGGUAUUGUUUAACACAAAAAUUUCUUUGGAGUGAUAAUGUGCUAUACUGCUCCUUUUUAAAAUAAAUGCACUGUACUACAUAAAUAAAACAUUAAAGAGCACAAAGUACAUUAUAUAAAUCAGAUCCACUAACAUCAUUCAUUUUUACGUUAUAUUAAAACUUUUUAAAAAAGAUGUAAUUUCUGACAAUUAUAGGUUAGCAGAACUAAGUUUUAAAAUAAAAAGUGGCAUUCUCUGAUUAUGUUCUAAUGCAGUUUUUUCUUUCUCAUACCUUGUCACCUAAGAGUAUAAACUGUACAGUGUACUCAACCAGGAAACAAAUUCUUGUAUUAUUAACUCAUGUAGAAUUAGCCUUGACUCAAGAUAAUCAGACUAUUCCUAAUCGUGAUUUCUUUCUCAAUAGGAAAUAAGGUCUCUCUAGAAUCUUUCAAAAUUAAAUCAGUAUCAAAAAAAAUAAUCAGUAUCAUGUUAAAUCUCCUAUGACACUUAUUAAAACUCUUGAACUCCAGGCACGACUAAUAAUUAGUACCAGUUGUCCAUGUAACACUGUCCUAUGUAGUAGGAACACUUGUCCUUUUCCUGUUUUUCUUUCAGCCCCUUCCUUAGUAAUUUACUUGGCUGUGUAACUACUUUAAAUAUUUUUCAACAGUUUCAGUAUUUAGUUUUCCCGAAGGCAUUUCACUUGACUAGUACUACAGAAAUUAUUAAAUAUUCAUUGGUAAAUAUAAGGAUGCACUAGGCACUUUACAUACAGAGGCAUUCUGGAUAACUCCUCUGAGCUUGCUUUCAUAGUAAUUUUCACUGUUACACAUUUAAUGAAUGGCAGAAAUCCAGGUCUCUCUCACUUCAAUGCACAAGAUCCUCCCACAGUAUGCUUAACUUGAACUUAACCAUUUUCACUACCCUGAAGUCUUCCCCAGGAGGGAAACAACAUUAACAUUUUUCUGUAAUGAAAUAGUAUGUACUUUGUUACAUAAAGAUGUUAAACUUUACUAGCUAGGUGUUCAGUUUCAGAAAUUCAAUAAAAGUAUGAGUUUAAACCCUG